GCUCGGCUCUGCCGGCGCCUGGCGCUCGGCCUCCCCACCGCGAGAGUGCAGUUGCGGCCAGCCUCCUUCGUGGGAGAGCCGAGGGCCGUGCGGCGCCCCGCCGUUUCUCUGAAGGGCUUGCAAACAUCGCGCGAUGAGGAGCCGGAGUAACUCGGGGGUCCGGCUGGACGGCUACGCCAGGCUGGUGCAUCAGACCAUUUUGUGCCAUCAGAAUCCAGUAACUGGCUUGCUUCCAGCCAGCUAUGAUCAGAGAGAUGCCUGGGUUCGGGAUAAUGUGUACAGCAUCCUGGCUGUCUGGGGUUUGGGACUGGCCUAUCGGAAGAAUGCAGACCGGGAUGAGGAUAAGGCAAAAGCCUAUGAACUGGAACAGAGUGUAGUGAAGCUGAUGAGGGGACUGCUGCACUGCAUGAUCAGACAGGUAGAUAAAGUAGAAUCCUUCAAGUACAGUCAGAGUACCAAGGAUAGUCUCCAUGCCAAGUACAACACCAAAACCUGUGCCACGGUAGUGGGUGAUGACCAGUGGGGACACCUGCAGUUGGAUGCUACCUCUGUGUACCUGCUCUUCUUAGCACAGAUGACUGCCUCAGGACUUCAUAUCAUCCACAGCCUGGAUGAAGUUAAUUUCAUACAGAACCUUGUGUUUUACAUCGAAGCCGCAUAUAAAACUGCUGACUUCGGUAUAUGGGAACGUGGAGACAAGACCAACCAAGGGAUCUCAGAAUUGAAUGCCAGUUCAGUUGGAAUGGCAAAGGCAGCCCUAGAAGCACUAGAUGAACUGGAUCUGUUUGGUGUGAAAGGUGGGCCCCAAUCAGUUAUCCAUGUCCUGGCUGAUGAAGUGCAACACUGCCAGUCUAUCCUUAAUUCAAUACUCCCUCGGGCUUCAACAUCCAAAGAGGUUGACGCCAGUCUACUUUCAGUUAUUUCCUUCCCAGCCUUUGCAGUAGAGGAUAAUCAGUUGGUGGAGGUCACAAAACAGGAAAUCAUCACCAAGCUUCAGGGUCGUUAUGGUUGCUGUCGCUUUCUACGAGAUGGAUAUAAAACUCCCAAAGAGGAUCCCAAUCGUCUAUACUAUGAACCAGCUGAGCUGAAGUUAUUUGAAAACAUAGAAUGUGAAUGGCCAUUGUUCUGGACGUACUUUAUCCUUGAUGGGAUCUUCAGUGGCAAUGCAGAACAGGUUCAAGAAUAUAGAGAGGCUCUUGAAGAAGUGCUCAUCAAGGGCAAAAAUGGAGUCGUACUUCUGCCAGAGCUCUACAGUGUCCCUCCUGACAAGGUGGAUGAAGAAUAUCAAAAUCCUCACACUGUGGACCGAGUCCCCAUGGGCAAGUUGCCUCAUAUGUGGGGUCAGUCUCUGUACAUCCUGGGAAGCUUGAUGGCAGAGGGAUUUUUAGCUCCUGGAGAAGUCGAUCCCCUGAAUCGUAGGUUUUCUACAGUACCGAAGCCAGAUGUUGUGGUUCAAGUUUCUAUUCUGGCUGAGACAGAAGAAAUCAAGGCCAUUUUGAAGGACGAGGGAAUCGAUGUGGAGACCAUUGCAGAGGUCUACCCCAUCAGAGUACAGCCAGCGCGUAUCCUCAGCCACAUUUACUCCAGCCUAGGAUGCAACAGCAGAAUGAAACUCAGUGGACGGCCCUACAGACACAUGGGGGUCCUUGGAACUUCAAAACUCUAUGACAUUCGGAAAACUACCUUUACCUUCACGCCACAGUUUAUAGACCAGCAACAGUUCUACCUGGCUCUAGACAACAAGAUGAUCGUGGAAAUGCUCAGAACAGACCUCUCCUACCUCUGUAGCCGCUGGAGGAUGACAGGCCAGCCCACCAUCACCUUCCCCAUCUCUCACACCAUGCUUGAUGAAGAUGGAACCAGCCUAAAUUCAAGUGUCUUGGCAGCACUCCGAAAAAUGCAGGAUGGCUAUUUUGGUGGGGCUAGAGUCCAGACAGGUAAAUUGUCAGAGUUUUUGACAACAUCUUGCUGCACACAUUUGAGCUUCAUGGACCCUGGACCUGAGAGUAAGCUGUACAGUGAAGAUUAUGAUGACAACUUCAACGAGCUCGAAUUUUCUGACUGGAUGAAUGGCUACGAUUCAACCAGUAAUGCUCGCUGUGGUGAUGAAGUUGCCCGUUACUUAGAUUGCCUUUUGGCACACACUGCUCCCCAACCUAAAGCAGCCCCUGCCUCACAGAAGGGAGGGCGAGAUCGGUUCCAGGCGGCUGUGCAAUCAACCUGCAAUUUAAUGUCCUUGGUGACCAAGGCCAAGGAGCUGCAUGUACAGAAUGUUAGCAUGUAUCUUCCUGCAAAGAUAUUUCAGGCUUCCCGGCCUUCAUUCAACUUACUUGACUCACCUCAUCCCCCACAGGAGGACCAGGUUCCCUCUGUUCGAGUAGAAAUACAUCUUCCUAGAGACCAAUCUGGGGAGGUAGACUUCAACGCACUGGUUUCACAGUUGAGGGAGACCUCCAGCUUUCAGGAGCAAGCUGAUAUCCUCUACAUGCUGUAUACUAUGAAAGGACCUGACUGGGACACUGGAUUGCAUGAUGAACGGAGCGUGACGGUCAGAGAGCUGCUGACUGAACUAUAUGGCAAAGCUGGAGAAAUCCGUCACUGGGGCCUGAUCCGAUACAUCUCGGGGAUCCUAAGGAAGAAAGUGGAAGCACUCGAUGAGGCCUGCACAGACCUCCUCUCCCACCAGAAACAUUUGACGGUGGGGCUCCCUCCGGAACCUCGAGAGAAGACCAUCUCAGCACCUCUGCCCUAUGAAGCUCUCACUAAGCUGAUAGAUGAAGCCAGUGAAGGGGACAUGAACAUUUCAAUCCUUACACAGGAAAUACUGGUCUAUCUAGCCAUGUAUAUGCGAACUCAACCUGGCCUCUUUGCUGAAAUGUUUCGACUUCGGAUUGGGCUGAUCAUACAAGUUAUGGCGACGGAACUGGCCCACUCCCUUCGAUGCUCAGCUGAGGAAGCCACAGAUGGCCUGAUGAACCUCAGUCCUUCUGCCAUGAAGAACCUGCUGCACCACAUCCUCAGUGGCAAGGAAUUUGGAGUGGAACGGAGUGUGCGUCCCACGGAUUCGAAUGUCAGUCCUGCUAUUUCUAUUCACGAGGUUGGUGCUGUUGGAGCAACCAAAACCGAACGAGCUGGGAUCAUGCAAUUAAAAAGUGAGAUAAAGCAGGUGGAAUUUCGUAGACUAUCUGUCUCAGCUGAGAGUCAGUCCAAUGGUGGCCAUACCCUGGGUAUAGAUCUGAUGUCACCGACUUUUCUGUCACCCGGAACCUCUAUGACUCCAAGUAGUGGCUCCUUUCAUAGUGUGUAUGAUCAACAGACAUGUAAAGAUAAUCGUCAAGGUCAAUGGCAACGCCGAAGAAGGCUGGAUGGAGCGCUGAACAGAGUGCCAAUUGGCUUUUAUCAAAAAGUAUGGAAACUUUUACAGAAGUGUCACGGACUUUCUGUGGAAGGUUUUGUACUUCCUUCUUCAACCACUAGAGAGAUGACUCCAGGCGAGAUUAAAUUCUCUGUUCACGUGGAGUCUGUCCUAAAUCGUGUACCUCAGCCAGAGUACCGCCAGCUUCUGGUCGAAGCCAUCCUUGUCCUCACCAUGAUGGCAGAUAUUGAAAUUCAUAGUAUCGGAAGCAUCAUCGCUGUGGAGAAAAUAGUGCAUAUUGCCAAUGACUUGUUCCUUCAAGAACAGAAAACUCUCGGCGCAGAUGAUACCAUGUUGGCCACGGAUCCUGCGUCUGGCAUCUGUACUCUCCUGUAUGACAGUGCACCCAGUGGCAGGUUUGGCACCAUGACCUACCUCUCCAAGGCAGCCGCUACCUACGUGCAGGAGUUCCUGCCACACAGCAUAUGUGCCAUGCAGUGAGGCCUUUGGGCCCUGGCCACUGGGAGGCUUUUGACAGCUGCUUCCUGCCUCAGUGGUGCAUAGAACUGAAAUGUGCUGGCCUGAUCACUCCCACCCUGCCCCGUUCCAGCCCAUCACUCCCAAGAAGAGUGACCUUUUCUGAUAAACUAACUGCUUUAGAAGAAGCGAGCCCUUGCCUGGAGGCACAUGCUCACCCAGGCACUUCAUUGUGGGCCUUAAUUCUCUCCUGGUUCAGAAAAGUCUGCAUGUGUUUUCAUUCUCUAGAUCUGUUACAAACUUAGUUUUCUGACUCCCGUUUGGAGAGCAGGCAUUAAUAAUAACUUGUUCCAAAAGUUUGGUCUUUCUUAUGUGAAUGAGUGUAAGGUGCUUUGGGACAUGAUGUCAAGUGAGCAGACCCCUGAAAUCUUGCAUUUUAGCUGCUUGUAAAUUGGAAGUACCUACUCUCAGUGCCUUUUGUCGGGAAGAGGGAGUAGCAGAUGGUGGUUCUCUCGUUUACUCACAUGUCGCAUCACAUAAUGCCUACUCUUCCUUGGGUGAAACGUCAAUGCAAGUGUGUCCAGUUCAGGAUUUAUGUAUUAACACUUGAAAUCACUUUUUAUGAAGAUCGCUGGUACUCAGAGAUGUAUUUGUAGCAGGAAAUGCAGAAUAACCCAGAGAAAUGGAGCCAGGAGCCCAGUUCCAGAGAGGAAGGGGGUAGGCCAGAAGAUGCCUGGAAGCAGAGAGCACGUCAGAAUGGCUUAGUGCCCUGAAGAGAGGCUUGCGCAGCUAGUCCUUGCCUCUGGAGGGUGGGCGGCGUACAACGCAGAGUAGUCGAAGCCUCGGUCUUUGGCAGACAGGAAUCCAUUAGUCCAGUCUGCAGGUGCUCUGCUGGGCACUCUUCUGCACUGCGCACCUGCUGUCUGUCCGCGGCACCCAGCCUCCACCCCCGCCUCCCUGCCCUCCCACCUCUCCUUAAACUCUUUCGCUGACAUUUUCACUUCCUGGUUCUGAUGUUGAUGUGUACCUCGGUAUCUGUGGGCAUAUAUCCAUUUUUUGUACACGCCUGCAUUUCUGCGAGUCUAAGCAUACCUGGCAGGUUUUCUGAAUAUGUCGUUUUAUGUAUCUGUGUUAUCCGUAUCGACAUUUGGCACAGUAAGUAUGUAGCCUCAGGCUGACACUCCUCCUUUCCCUCAGAUUUUUCUCCAAGAAUGUCGAUGGAGAAGCGAGGCUCUCUAAGCAACUCACUCUUACAGAACUGGUGACAGUCCUAUGAGCACACAUAAAUAAGUGAGCAUAGUAUGGUGACAGAAAACAGGCAGAAACAAAGACAGGACGGCCAGCCUUCUCAGUACCUCUCUUAAAGGAAAUAAAAACACGCAGUCAAUAGCUUUCACGAUUUUCUGGUCACUUAUAAAGACACUUUACAACUGUUCUGAAACUUGGUCUUUUCACUGCUUGCACGUGUACCCCAGCCACGCCCUCCGACGUGAAUUCGCCUGAGUUGAUGCUGAUGGUGGCAUUUCUCUGGGUUUACUAACUUGUCUAUCACUGUGCUCCCUAUACAACACUUUUAAAGCAACUUUUUAGAAAACUUGAUUCGUAUUUUAUUCAUUUUAAGCAUGUGAAACUAAAAGAUACGUUGGAUUUUUUAAAGAACUGAUGUUUUGAAAAUAGAAUAAAAAAUUAGAAUUUUCAA